AUGCAGAACUACGAGGAGUCGGUGUCUUUUUUGGGGACAUGGGGCCGGUUCCAGCGGAGGGUCUUCCUCCUGUUCUGUCUCACCUCCAUCCCCAGUGGAUACAACAUCCUGUGUGUCAUGUUCCUCCUGGCGAGUCCCCCGCAUCACUGCCACAUCCCUGUCCACAGCAACCUGAGCCAGGACUGGAUCCAGGCCAUCAUCCCAGUGCAGAUGGAGGCCGGGCAGCCGGAGCGGAGCAGCUGCAGCCGGUAUGAGCUGGACGUGGUGCAGAACCUGUCUGCAUGGGGAUUCACACCCAGCCUGGGUCCAGCCCACAACCUGUCUGUACUGGGAUCCGGUCCAGGGGUCCUCCUCUCAGGCCUUAAACAGGAGAGCUGUAAAGAUGGGUGGACCUACAGCACUGAGUACUAUGAGUCCACAGUGGUCACCGAGUUUAAUCUGGUGUGCGGUGACCAGUGGAAACAGCCUCUGACCUCUCUUGCAUACUUCCUUGGAGGACUGUGUGGAUGCUUAGUCUCUGGACAGAUCUCUGACCGGGUUGGCAGGAAGCCUGUACUCUUCAGUGCCAUUGCCAUGCUUAGUGUCUUCAGCAGUGCAGUGGCCUUCGCUCCAUCCUGGCCUGUCUUCACCUUGCUCUUUUUCAUGAUGGGUGUGGGUCAGAUCGCCAGCUACAUAGCUUUGUUUGUACUUGGUUCAGAGAUCCUGGUUGGUUCAACGAGAGUCCUCUUCUCAGGCCUAGGCUUGCCUGCGGUCUAUGUGUUAGGUAUGAUGUUGCUGCCCGGCACCGCCUACCUGGUCACAAACUGGAGACACUUGUCCCUGAUCAUGACUGUGCCAGGCCUGGCCUGUAUGCCUUUGUGGUGGCUGAUUCCAGAGUCUCCUCGCUGGUUGAUGUCUUGUGGCCGUUUUCAGGAAGCAGAACUCCUGCUAAAGUCAGCCGCUCUGGAGAACCGAGUAGAAGCUCCACAGGUCAUCUUCCUCUCAGCCAAGGUCGAAAAGGAAGAAAGCCAGGAGACAGAGUCGUUAAGUUUCCUGGACCUGCUGAGGACCAGCAACAUCCGAAAUGUAACAUUCAAGCUGUGGCUGAUCUGGUUUUCUUUGAGCGUAAGCUACUUCGGACUCUCAUUCAACCUGUCCAGUCUCUAUGGCAACCCGUUCCUGAACUACUUCCUGUUGUCAGCUGUUGAGCUUCCAGCGUACCUCGUCAGCUGUGUGGCAGCUUGUAGUCUACCUCGCCGCCUGUCCUGUAUCAGCUUCACCCUGCUGGGGGCGCUGGCUCUGCUCCUCAUUCAGAUCACUCUGCACAGUUAUGCAAAUCUCACCCUGACUCUCGUGCUGAUCGGUAAAUUUGGCAUUCUCGCCGGCACGGGGGUGUUGUACAUGUUCACUGGGGAGCUGUUUCCCACAGUCAUCAGGAACACAGCAAUGUCGUCCUGUGCUAUGUUCUCCAGAGUGGGGUCUUCUGUUUCUCCCUACCUGCUGCAGCUGGCUGUGUUCUAUCAGUUCCUGCCGUGGAUCAUUGUGGGUUCUCUGUCGCUGCUCAGUGUCCUGCUCUGCUUCUUCCUGCCUGAGACCUUCAGGCAGCCGCUGACCGACACCAUUGAGCAGAUGCCGACAACACAGCAUUGGCCAUGGGCUUCAACAGCGCCCUCAAAGGAUGAUGGGAAAUCAACUAAAGACCAGACUACUGCACCUGAGAUCAUCUGCACAACUCGCCUAUAAAACUCUAACAAAAAAAAUGUGUGUGUGUGUGUGUGUGUGUGU